AUGCACGACGUUCCUUCAAGUGACGGUAAUGGCGUGGCGCCAGCCGUUAUCGAAAUGGAUACUCUCAUCGUUGGAGCUGGCCCUGCAGGCGGUGCGCUUGCUAGCUUCCUCGCAUUUCACGGAAUCAAAGGUCUCAUGAUUACCAAUACUAGCUCAACCGCGGACACGCCCCGAGCGCAUAUCACGAAUGCCGCUGCUAUUGAAUGCCUUCGUGACAUCGGGCUUGAGGAUCAAGUGACCCGACUAUCCAACGGAGGAGAAAUUAUCGAACACAUGCGGUGGAGCAACGCCAUGAACGGGCGUGAGUAUGGCCGUAUCUUUGCCUGGGGCAAAGGCGAAAUGCAGAGCAAAUACGACAAAGCCAGCCCAUGCCGCCACUUCGACCUGCCCCAAACCCUCCUCGAGCCGGUCCUGGUGCAGUACGCCACGCAACACGGCUUCCACUUCCGCUUCGACACCGAGUUCCUUUCCUUCGCCGACCGCGGCGACCACGUCCUCAGCACGCUGCGCGACACGCUCACCAACGUGACCUACCAGGUCCGCUCGCGCCUCCUCUUCGGCGCCGACGGCGGACGCUCGCGCAUCGUCCAGCAGCUCGACCUCCCCAUGUACAAGCAACCCAGCCACGGCACGGCCAUCAACGUCCUCGCCGACGUCGACCUGUCCCACCUCAUGACCCGCCCCGGCCGCACGGGGCACAUGAACGCCGUCUUCCAGCCUGAACUCGACGCCCCACCGUUCGCCCGCCACGUCUACGCGCGCAUGAUCCAGCCGUGGAAGGAGUGGCUCUUCGGCAUAAUCCCCGACCCGGGCUACGCCGGGCCCUUGGGCACGAAAGAGCAGUUCGCGGCGCGCAUCAAGCAGGCCAUCGGCGAGGACGUACCCGUGCACAUCAAGAGCAUCUCGAAAUGGCACAUCAACGAAGUCUGCGCCGAGACGUUUUCCCGCGGCAACGUCUUCGCCCUCGGCGACGCCGUGCACCGGCACCCGCCCGUCAACGGCCUCGGCUCCAACACCUGCAUCCAGGACGCGUACAACCUCGCCUGGAAGGCCGCGUACGUCCUGCAGGGCAAAGCCGGCGCCGCGCUGCUCGAUUCGUACUCGACCGAGCGCGUCCCCGUUGGCAUGGGCGUCGUGCGCCGCGCCAACGACGGGUACCGCGUGCUAGGCGACAUCGUCGCCGCGCUGGGCUUCGAGGGAACGACGGUGGAGGAGCGGCGGGCCGCGGCGGGAGAGCUCGAGGCGGCGACGGCCGAGGGGCGUGCGAGGCGGCAGAGGCUGCAGAGGGCGUUUGAGCAUACGAAGCAUGAGUAUCAGGGGUUGGGGAUUGAGAUGAAUCAGGUGUACAGAUCUGAGGCUGUUGUUGUGGAGGGUGUCGCGGGCGACGACGGGUUGGCCAACGUCGCGGACCCGCUGUUCGAUUACGUGCCUAGCACGUAUCCGGGGCGGCGGCUGCCGCACGUGUGGCUGAGCAAGCCGGUCCCGGAUAAGUUGAUCUCGACGCACGAUGUGGCGGGGAAGGGGCGCUUUACGCUGUUUACUGGGAUUGGGGGUGGUGUGUGGGGGAAGGCGGCGGCGACACUGGCGGCGGAGUUGGGCGUGGGGAUAAGGACGGUGACGGUGGGGUAUGGGCUGGAGUUCCAUGAUCCGUAUUUCGAGUGGGCGCGUAUCCGGGGGGUGGAGGAGGAUGGCUGUGUGCUGGUGCGGCCGGAUAGGUUUGUGGCGUGGAGGGCUGAGCGGAUUGUGGAGGAGCAGGGGGAAGAUUGGGCGGAGUGCACGUUGCGGAAGGUCUUGAGGUCGAUUCUGGCGAGGUAG